AUGUAUCUCCCUACACGUAGACUUGGCAAGAACGGCCCCGAGAUUACGGCACUUGGUCUUGGACUGAUGGGCUUGAGCGUUGGGUAUGGGAAGCCCCGAUCGGAUCCUGAAAGACUGGCAUUUUUGACCCAUGCAUACAAGCUGGGAGAAACUAGUUGGGACACUGCCGAUGUAUACGGCGACAAUGAAGACGUCUUGGGCAAAUGGUUCGCCGCAAACCCCGAAAAGCGGUCCGACGUCUUCCUGGCGACCAAAUUCGGCCUCAAAUACACUGCUGAAGGCCUGGUGAUCGACUCAUCUCCGCAAUAUGUGAAACAAGCGCUCGAGUCCUCGCUGAAACGACUUGGAGUCCCCUCUGUGGACCUCUACUACUGCCACCGCCUCGAUGGUAGGACACCGAUUGAAAAGACAGUGCAAGCCUUGACCGAGCUAAAGCGUGAUGGUAAGAUCAAUUACAUCGGGCUCAGCGAGUGCAGCACUGAAACUCUUCGCCGUGCUUGCAAGGUCACUCACAUCGACGCCGUACAGAUCGAGUACUCGCCCUUUGCCCUCGAUGCUGAGAAAGUGGGUCUAUUCCAGGCCUGCAUCGAGCUCGGCGUCGCUUUUGUUGCCUACGCGCCUCUCGGUCGCGGCAUGCUAAGCGGCGCGUACAAGUCUCGCGACGAUUUCGAUGAAGAUGAUUACAGACGCCACACUCCAAGAUUCAGCGAGGAGAACUUCCCCAAGAACUUGGUACUCGUGGAGAAGAUAACGGACUUGGCGAAGGCCAAGGGUGUAACUCCGUCGCAGUUGACGUUGGCUUGGUUAAUGGCUCAGGGCGACUACGUCAUCCCCAUUCCUGGCACGACCAAGGAAGUGAGGCUGGAAGAGAACCUUGGGGCAUUGAAAAUCAAAAUCACGCCUGAGGAGAUGAAAUUGAUAAGAUCGACGACUGAGGCGGCAGAGAUACACGGAGACCGUUAUCCUAAAGAUGCUAUGGGUUCACUUUUCGCCAAUACCCCGCCAUUGUAG